CCUCCGGCUGGAGCUCUGAAGUUGAGACCACCUCGUGGGUCUCAGACUGGAGCUCUGGAGAUGGUUAUUUGUUAUGGUUAUUAUAACCGAUAAAAAGCAAGCUGAUAUUUAAAAAAAUCUAAACAUAAUGAUAUAAUUGGUCGAGCACAAGUGUGGAAAGCCCACGCUGCCUUCAGAUAAGCCAGUGCUGAACUGAGCAGACUGUGGGAGUAGUCGUCGUAGUUCAAAACGCAAACGAAAAAGAGAAAAAGAGGAGAGGGAGGCAUCUUUAUUAAGUUUGUUUCCAUCUGAUUCUAUUGAAUUUCAGAUGAAUAUUUAAUAUUCGACAAUUAUUAUACAUUAGACAACUUCAAUCUUCAAAUAGAAUGGCAUUGGACAUGCAUGCAAUAACGACAAAGCUGUAAGAAAUUACAACCACAAGAAAAAAGUGUUGAUAUUAAGUUUUAAAUCGGUGUUUUUCACUAGUGUCACUACUCCCUGUCAUCAUUUAUCACCGUGCACCUCGGCGUGAUUGGUUGACUUCCACAUACUCGCCAUCACUUCUAUAUUUUCCCCUAAAUUCCACCCAUUUCUGAAAUCUUGCCUACUUGCAGUAACGUACCUCCCACUCGGAGGUCUCCGGGCUGUGGCAUAAGUACCUCCCACUUGGAAGUAAGUACCUCUCACUUGGAGGUCUCCGGGCUGCACGGAAACAUAUUUCUGCUUUACGCGAGAGGAAAUAGUGACAACUACAGCCACGUCUCAGUCAUUCUUUCAAGAUGACAACCGUGUAGCAGAUGACAGCAGAAUUCGCUAAGCGUAAGCAGAAUCCCCGAAGCAUGCCUGAAGUCUGACAGCAAAAUGGAGAACAUCACCCUCUACUUUCAUCUGGAGAUGGUUAGGAACACACAUCUUGACAUAGAAGAGAAUCUGAGUGAGUCUGAAGAGUCAGAUGGCGAGGGCAUCAGUAUAAAAGGUGAAUGUGUCGUCGAUGGAAAACUUACUCAGGAGAUGAAAGGGUCUUUUAAAAAAGAUCGAGAAAGUCAAGUGCUGAUCCAGGGUAUACACCAAACAACCAUCUGCGCCAAAAAUAUCAAACCAAAAAGAAGAGGGGCCUGCAUGAGCUAUUCCUCAAACAACAUCACCAUUUACUACUACAAGCCAAAUAUGUUAGAGGAUCUGGGAAAGGGUGUUCCUGUUGUGUUGAACAUCAGCAACUCAAAUCAAUUUCUGAAAUGUACAUUCAUAGAGGAAAAAGCCGUCCUGACUGUCGAGUGCUGGGAAAAGGGCAAACUGGACUCUAUCUAUAAGAAUGACCCCAACACUUGGCCUUUUGUCUUCUACCUCUCAUGUACGAAGGACAACUGCCGUCGCUUCGAAUCAGCCCAGUGCGGUGGUUGGUUCAUCCGCACAGAAUCUGACCUUGUGUGCAUGGCUGAACAAAAAGACAAAGAUCCAGAUUCAGAAAAAUAUUCCUUCCUCAUAGUAUGUACACAAAAUACAGCAAAGUCAAAAUCCUAAUGAAAACAGGCUCUACUGUACAUAACUGAGUUUAUUCCAGAAAUGUGGAGUCUAAUGUACUAAUACUAAAUAGUAUUAUUUUAUUCACAUUCUCUUUAGAGGUGUACAUGAGCUAUUAUGUAACCUUUAACUGCCAUUGCAGUAUUAUGUAAUAUGUAUCAUAUCACAAUUUAUUAAAUUUACAUUAUCAGUAUUUUUUUUCAUGGGCAUGUGAAUGUCUUUGCUGUCGACUUUACAAUAUUUUAUUUUAAUUUAUAUUUGUAUAUAUUCCAUGUAAUUUAUAAAGAGCUCUGUUCAUCAUGCGGAGGUACAGUAAUUUGCUGACGUGGUUUUGGUCCACUGCAAAUCAACAACAUUUCUAUUUUGAUCGGAGUGGUCUAUUCCAGGAUGACCACGCCCCUUCAGCACUAGGCACUAGGGGUUAACGGAAUGGUUUAUCGUUAUGGCCUUCAGUCAUCCGAUCUGAACUUCGCCUAAAUUAGACUUGUAGAAGCUGAUUCCAGUGACUCAUGAUGGCUGGACAACGUACUGAAACGCUUUAUGUUGGUUUUUCCCUUAGUGUCUCACACAAAUUCAUUAACAGAGAAACUAUUUUUAUUGUGAUGUGUUUUCGUUCUGGUGUACUGCAUGUUGUUUUGUUACAUUUCAAUAUAUAAUAUCAAUAUAAUGUAUUAAAUAUAAUGUAUUAAAAUAUAUUUAAAAAAAA